AUGAAGAGUACUAGCAAUAUCCUGACUGGCCUGACUGGUAACUACAACAUCAAAGAGAAUUACAAGUUGUUUAGUGAUUCUUAUGAGAAGAAAUUCUGGGCACCACAAGUGUGGACAAGAUUAAGCAUCCCAAAGUAUCGCUUUAUUCUCUGGCUUGUUGUCCAGGACUGUUUGAAAACUAAACAGAGACUCCAUAGAAUGCAUAUUACAACUGAUGCAAACUGCGUGAUUUGUGGUAAUCCAGACUUGGCUAAACUGGAAGAUGAACACUACCAGUCUGAUACAAAGUUUGAGGUGGAUAAAUCGAGCUUCGGGAAAAAUGUGAUGUCUGCUAGUCUAGAAGCAAUUGUAUAUCAAAUUUGGCACUCAAGGAACGAAGCUCUGUAG